AAAACGCGCAAAGCCCGCCAAUAAAAGCUGCUUCUCCAACUGUUGAGAAAUCUUUUCAUUCCUCAUUUCCUGAUCAACUUGAACGGCUAAAACCUCAGCAAAUUCUACGAAACUCACUCAAAUUUCUCUUCAGAAGGCGUGGAUCUUAAUGUGGAGCCAAGCACCCGUGGCGAUCGACGGCAGCGGAAUGAAUUUGUUGGCCAACAAUUGGCUGCAGCGCUCCGGCAGCGGCGGCGAGUUCUCGUCCCGGAGUGCCGGAAGCGAGCUUGACUUGGCGGUUAUGGUCAGCGACUUUUUCGAGAUCGGAAGCGCCGGAGCUGAGUCGUGGUGCAGCAGCGACAGCGAUUCCGGCUUAUCAGACUUGGCUUAUAUGGCCGACCGGAUUUCGUUCUAUAAUCACUCAGUUGAUCAGUAUGAGAGCGACUUUUUGAUGGUUGUCAAAUCCUUAAUUCUCUCAAUAUCUCAAACUUAUCAAGUUGAGAAGCCAGAUGCAUGCAAUGCUAGCUGCAUUCCUUACUCUCUGGUGAAACUUCUACAAUCUUCUGGUUAUGAUGCAGCAUUAUGUGAAACCAAAUGGCAAAAUGAUGGCAAAGUUCCUGGAGGUGAACAUGAAUUCAUAGAUGUGAUAGCUCACAACAAAGGUGGAGGAGCUGAAAGAUACAUCAUUGAUAUUGACUUCCGAAGUCACUUCCAAAUAGCAAGAGCCAUAAAACCAUACGAUGUAGUUCUGAGCUCUCUUCCAGUCAUCUAUGUAGGCACCGUGGCAAAGCUCAAGCAGCUUCUUCAAAUCAUGGUCGAAGCUGCUAGGUAUUCUCUCGAGCAGAACUCAAUGCCUCUUCCUCCAUGGAGGUCCUUGCCUUACUUGGAGGCGAAAUGGGAAUCGCCCUGUCAAAGAAUAGUUAGACCUCCUCCUCCUCGUCCUCACGCUGCCCCCUCGUCUUUGUCUCAUCUCCACUGCAUUGCUCUACUACAGCGACUUAAGUCCGUGGUUCGGUCUGAUAUUACGAGAGGAAGGGAGUAUGAAUAAACUAGGAAUAGAUGGAGGAGAUCUUGGAUAAAUUCUUUACUUCUUUAUUCUUUUUCCGGCUUAGAUGAAAUAGCUUUUUUGGAAGAGGUUUAUAUUCAUUUACAGAAGCAAUCAUAAAGAUGAAGGUCUGGGACCCAAAAUGUUUUUUCUGUCAAAGCGUCUGGCUCUAUAGAAAUUUAUUCGUAACAUUUGACAUAUGAUUAGAAGCCAUUUUAUUGUUUUCUAUA